AUGAAAUACUGGGGAUUCUCCUGUCCUGACGGCGGUCGUUUCUACAUCUGCGAGAAUGAACGGGACCAGUUCAUGGGCUGCUGUACCAGUGACCCUUGCACCAAGGGUAAUGGUUGUCCCGACAAAGACCUUCGCGUAGCGAUAUUCGACAAAAACCGUGACGCGGAGAUACCUUCGCAAGAUUGUGGCACGGCAGGAGCGCAAGUCAAUCCCAUCGCUCAAGUACAUACCGAGCGACGCCUACUCCCCGGAAGGCUGCAUCCUCUCGGCGUUACUUGGCUUCUAGGCUGGGCCUGGGACAUCAUUCUGACUUUUGUACCUACCUGCUUCAUUGCUCUCGCUCUCGUUUCCAUCCACUUAGACGAACAGCCAUUAUCCGACUUUGGGGAGAGGGUCGUUGAAUUGACUCGCCUGAGCCCUACAAUAUACCCAAUACUAUUCGCUGCGGUUUCUAGCCGCUUCUACAAGGCCUUUGCCCGGUGGUGCUUGGAGAGGCCGAAUGGCAUAGGGCUAGCAACGCUGGAGCAGAUAUUUAGGAGCCAGAGCUUUGCUGCGGCCGUGGAGAGAGUCUUUUUCGUCCGGACACAGGUUAUCAUUGGCUCGGGGAUUUUAUUGAUCUGGGCAAUGUCUCCUCUCGGAGGACAAAGCGCUUCCCGACUACUCGCUCCUGGGAAUAGCACCACCACAUCAACCAUGGUUGUCUAUUUCUCCGACCCCGGCUCCCAAUUCUUUUCGUUUCCUGAUUUGGGCUCAUUCAAAGGCAAAAGGCGUAGCAUCACAGCCCUGUACUCGUCAACUUUGAUGUCCUCUCAGCAGCAGAAGGGGUCACCAAGAGAUCUCUGGGAGUUGCCAAAGAUCCCCCAGUGGUCUCCUGAGAGGGAGAUUAAUGAGUGGUAUGAUGUGGAAGAUGAUGCCUUUACUCGUGGCGAUAGCUAUUAUGCGUCCCUAUUGGGGAUCAAGAUCCAAAGCCUUGACUCCUCAAGCGCCGACCGGCAAUACGAUUUCGCUGUCAAGUCGUCCUACAUGGACUUCAACUGCGUCUCCGCUGGAAAACGAGACAGUGGAGACACUAUUGAUGGGCCCUUCUUGAUCGAAAUGAAGACCCCCUGGGGGAAUAGCCUCACUCCAGAGGCAUGGGCGAGAUGGAAGAGCCGUGGUGAUCUUCCACCCGUCCAACUGAUCUAUACUGGCGUUGGCGAAGACCGUGGACGCGAAGGACUUGGGCUUGUGUUUUAUCAUAUGGUAAACUGCACUAUGCAGACCAUCACCGUUGAAACAGCUAUACGCUGCGGCCCGCGACCACUGGCAACAAGCUGCUCCGCACGGCGUCAACGUCGCGUAAAGGGUAACCAUGGCCCGAACCGGCCCCCAGAACCUAUCCUGAGCAACGCUUUGGUUCUAAAAGGGGCCAUGGACUUCUGGCCCCAGGCGAUCGGGGGAGAGGAAGCAGACGAUAAUUUAGCAUCGCCCACGGAGAAUUAUAUCAUGGGGGAUCCACAUCCAUUCGCGGGCCAGCCAUACCGAGCGUGGACCAAAGAAGACCUCUUUAUCUUCCCUGACGUAUUCUCUCGGCGCUUCACGACAGCCUUCAACACAUACUGGGAUUCCGCUUUGAACCCCUCUAGUCACACCAGUGUCACGUUCACAUCGACACCGGCCUUUAAUAUUCUCAGUUUGGGUGGAAGCGGACACAACGACCAACCUUUCAUGAACUCCACCAGCGGCACAAGAACUGCAGUUCAUCGACUCGCCCUGGAGUUCUUUAUCCGUGGACCAGAUAUGUUAGGAUUUGCCAGCUCUUUGACACGAGAUAACCCAUACACAGAGCAAGGAAGCUGCGAGAUCUACGGCUUCAACUCGCGGAUGUGCGGCCUGAGAGUGAGACGGGAUAUAUCGCGGUUCGAGCGGUGCCGCCAGCUCAGGAUGAGAACGACCAAGAAUCCAAGAUGGAGUGGAGGCCACUUGACCGGAAGAAGGUGUACGCUUGAAGGUAGAGGGAUAUGGAUCAGUAGAGAGGGUUGA